AUGGUGGGCAACUCGAAGAGGGCUCAGGACGCUGCGUCCUUCUUCAGGGAGACAGAUAAAUGGCAGGUGGUUCCCAAAGAAAGGGGCAGGGAAAAGGUGCGAAAGCGGCGUGGGAGCGCAGGUGAUGUCCUAGCAUUGCCCAUUUUUAAGCAAGAAGAGUCAAGUUUGCCUCCAGAUAAUGAGAAUAAAAUCCUCCCUUUUCAAUACGUGCUUUGUGCUGCCACCUCCCCAGCUGUGAAACCCCAUGAUGAAACCCUGACAUAUCUCAAUCAAGGCCAGUCUUAUGAAAUCCGAAUGCUAAACAAUAGGAAACUUGGAGAACUUCCAGAAAUUAAUGGCAAGUUGGUGAAGAGUAUAUUCCGUGUCGUGUUCCAUGACAGACGGCUACAAUACACUGAACAUCAGCAGCUGGAGGGCUGGAGGUGGAACCGACAUGGAGAUAGAAUUCUUGACAUAGAUAUCCCAAUGUCUGUGGGUAUAAUCGAUCCUAGGGCUAAUCCAAACCAACUAAAUACAGUGGAGUUCCUGUGGGACCCUUGCAAGAGGACAUCUGUGUUUAUUCAGGUGCAUUGUAUUAGCACAGAGUUCACUAUGAGGAAACAUGGUGGAGAGAAGGGAGUGCCAUUUCGAGUACAAAUCAGUACCUUCAAGGAGAAUGAGAACGGGGAAUAUACUGAGCACUUACACUCAGCCAGCUGCCAGAUCAAAGUCCUCAAGCCCAAAGGUGCAGACAGAAAACAAAAAACAGACAGGGAGAAAAUGGAGAAACGAACGCCUCAUGAGAAGGAGAAAUAUCAACCUUCCCAUGAGACAACUAUACUCACAGAGUGUUCUCCAUGGCCCAAGAUCACAUAUGUCAAUAAUUCCCCAUCACCUGGCUUCAGCAGUUCCCAUAGCAGUCUUUCUCUUGGGGAAGGAAAUGGUUCACCAAAUCACCAGCCAGAGCCACCCCCUCCAGUCACAGACAACCUCUUGCCGACAACCACACCUCAGGAGGCUCAGCAGUGGUUGCAUCGAAACCGUUUUUCCACAUUCACGAGGCUUUUUACAAACUUCUCAGGUGCAGAUUUAUUGAAACUAACUAGAGAUGAUGUGAUUCAAAUCUGUGGCCCUGCAGAUGGAAUCAGGCUUUUUAAUGCAUUAAAAGGCCGGAUGGUGCGCCCAAGGCUAACCAUUUGUGUUUGUCAGGAGUCCUUGCAGCUGAGGAAGCAGCAACAGCAGCAGAAGCAUGAGGGUGGAGACUCACAUGGUACUUUCUUCGUUUACCGUGCCAUCUGCCUAGAAGAACUGACAGCUGUUGAACUGACAGCUGUUGAACGGACAGAAAAAAUUGCUCGGCUUUUCAGCAUUUCCCCUUGCCAGAUCAGCCAGAUCUACAAGCAGGGGCCCACAGGAAUCCAUGUGCUCUUUAGUGAUGAGAUGAUACAGAACUUUCAGGAAGAAGCCUGUUUUAUUCUGGACACAAUGAAAGAAACCAGUGAUAGCUAUCAUAUCAUCCUGAAGUAGGUGUGGGGCAGUCCAUCCUCAGUGGCUGCUGCUGCUUUCACCUAUUGGGAACUCCCCUCUUGAAGGGGGUCGCAAAUGGAGCUUUGAAGGGCUGCAGGAACCUGACCCAUCUGACUG